CUUUUCUCCUCGUCGCGCUACGCGUCGACGGCCAGACACCAUCCAUCGCAACAUGGCUACCACUGCACAAGCACCAGAACCUCCAAAAGACCCGCAGAGUGAGGCGAUCAAGGCUCAAAUUUUCCAGCGCCUGCAUCCGCGCUCGUACCUCGAGCGAUAUAUCUCGGAAGACGUUCGGCCUGACGGACGCGGGUUCGAGGAUUGGCGGGAGGUAUCUGUUAACGUCGGGUCAAUAUCAACCGCACAUGGAUCGGCGCUGGUGCGCAUGGGCGACACGAGGAUCGUGUGUGGGGUCAAGGCAGAGAUUGCGGAGCCCGAGCUGGACAAGCCGCACGAGGGGUUUCUUGUACCCAACCUCGACCUCCCGGCGCUGUGUUCGCCCAAGUUCAAGCCCGGUCCUCCGGCGGAGGAGGCGCAGAUACUGUCGGAAAGACUGAAUGAGGCUUUGGUUGCCUCCGGCAUCCUACCCCUCGAAUCACUCGCCAUUCACCCCGGCAAAGCCGUCUGGACGAUAUACAUCGACGCGAUAUGCCUCAACUUCGAUGGAAAUGCGUUCGAUGCCGCUUUAUUAGCCAUGGUUGCUGCGCUGUAUAACACGCGGUUACCGGUAGCAACGUUCGAUGAAGACACGGGUCACACGACGUGCUUGCGGAAAGAAACGGUCCCACUGGAGUUGACGUGCAAACCUAUAUCUACCUCGUUCGGGAUGCUUGACUCGCUUCAAGUCCUCUCAGAUCCGACGUCGUUCGAGGAGCCAUUGAUGGACACUACUGUAUCGGUGGUGGUCAAUGAAAAAGGCGAUCUACUCGCCGUGAACGAGCUCGGCUUAGGAACUAUGACAACCCAAAAGUCUGGGGAUCUUUUGAAAAAUUGUAUCGAGAAGUCGAAGCUACGGGUGUCAAAUCUAGUCGCCCUAAUCUAAUCAUCGUUUAUG